CCAAAAGCUCGAAGACAACGUACUACACAACAUUACAUCGCUCCGCAAAAAUCACCACUUAUUGCUGAGGCAAUUACGGCAAAAACGACCCAAUUGUUAGUAGAACGUGUAGUUCCAGGAUCGGCUAUUAACGUUAAUGCGAAAACUUUAUUAUCAUCAUAUUCAAAUGAAUUUGCAGAAUUAAAGCAGGCCGCUGGUUUAGCUAAAUUCAACAAAAGUAACAAUAUUUCCGUUAAUCAACUGGACCCUGUUCACCGCGGUCAUUUUCAUCAUCCAAUCUCAAAAAAAGAGAAGCUCAGAGAUCGGCAUGUCAAGUGGCUACAAAAAUUAGACGCCACUUACUCUGACCAUUCAAAUUAUCGCAACUCGAAAGAUAACAAAAAAAAGAGGAAUUUAAAAAAUCAAACAAAUCAAAAAGACAAUAAUAAUGAAGAUCCCACCACAACUUUGGACCUCUCAUCAUUAAAGCAAAUACUUGAAACUUUACCUGAUAUGAAAUCAGAUGCAGAUAAAUUUGUGCCUGGUCGUAAUCGGGCACCUUUGCCUAAAGGAUUGAAUGGGAAGAAAGUAGUUGUCAUUCAAAAUCCGGUGUUUAUGGCAGAUCCACUAUCGACAAUACAAGCACACAUACAUAACACUUUAGGGUUGUCAGAUGAUAAAGUUGAAUCGCCUGACUCUAAUAAUAAAGAUCAAUCAACGAAAAUGACUGAAUAA